AUGAUGGCGAAACGUCUGAGAAUGCACCACGUCCAUGGUCCGACUCUGGAGAUGGUCAUGCAUACAAUGGACUCCGAACUAGCUCCUGAGAGCAUCACGGCAGACGACCCUGUGGCUUGGCUUGACCGUGAAGUGGCUGUCGGCCGACUGUACCGUUUCCCCAGUCUACUCACUUUUGAACCGGUUGUACAAUAUUAUCCCGAACCAAGUCGACGUCGGCCCCUAGUCCUUCUUGGUCCCGCACACGUUGGACGUCAUCAGUUGCUCACGCAAAUGGUCAGAUCAGAUCCACACAGAUUUGUUCCAGCCGUCAUCCGUAUGUGGAUGACUUUACAAUCAAAUAUUCUUCACACAGCAAUCACGUUCUUCACAUAA